AUGACCUCGCCAAGCUAUAGCAGCCAUUUUUAUAUCGCCAAUAUCCCUUUUGGAGUGGCUUCGUCCAACAAUCAUCCAAUCCAAUGUGUCACUCGGUUUGUGAAUAAUGUCGUCUUUCUCGUGGAGUUACAGCGAUCAGGGGUUUUCGCUGAAGAUGUUUUCCAAAGCUCCACGCUAAACGCGUAUGCGGCCUUGGACAAGUCCGUGCAGCGCCAGGUGCGAGCCGUGUUGCAGGAGACGUUGAAACAUUCCUUGCCCGCGAACUUCAUCGAAGAUAUUAGCGCUGUCACAAUGCAUCUCCCGGUUUCUGUGGGUGGAUUCACGGAUUUUUCGUGCAGUUUGCAUCAUGUUCGCAACGCAGGGCGGGCGAUCAUCAAUGAUCCCACUCCGCCCCCGGUCGGAUACAAUGGUCGUACGAGCACUAUCGUUGUCUCUGGUACCCCGAUCACUCGGCCAAAUGGCCAUUUCUAUGACCGUAGUGCAUCUUCCGAGAAGAAACCGAUCAUUUAUGGCCCCUCCAGAGCCAUGGACUAUGAGCUAGAGAUCGGCGUGAUUGUUGGAAAGAAGCUGGAUGCUUCAAAGGGGCUGAAUGCAAAGGAUGCAGAUGAGCAUAUAUUUGGAAUGGUGAUUCUAAAUGACUGGAGCUCCCGUGAUGUUCAAGGUUGUGAAAUGAAACCACUUGGUCCGUUGAAUGGGAAGUCGUUUGGGACAUCCAUCUCCCCGUGGGUGAUCACAUUAGACGCCCUAGAGCCGUUCAAAGUCCCAGGACCCAAGCCCGAGGUUACACUGGCAAGCCAUUUGGAAGACAUCACCAUGUCAAGCUAUGAUAUCGGUAUGAAGGUUGAGAUCAUCACUGCAGGUCAAGUCUCGACCGUGAGCGAAUCAAAUCACCAGCAUUUGCACUGGAGCGGACGUCAAAUGGCUGCACAUCUGGCAAGCGCGGGUACUGAUCUCGAGACUGGAGAUAUCCUCGGCACGGGGACUGUGAGUGGUCCCGAUGAGGGCACUCUUGGUUGUCUAAUAGAAAUGACAAAGGCAGGGAAAGAGCCUAUCACGCUUGUUGAUGGGUCGACACGUUCAUAUCUAGAGGAUGGCGAUGUGGUUCGCAUGACUGCCGUGGCUGGUGGCGCUGGUUCUGGUGUUGGCUUUGGGGAAUGCGUGGGCGAAUUGAAGCCUGCGCGGAGUCGAUAG